CGGACUCUUUUAAGAUUAUUCUUAUUUUUGAAACUCGAGAAGAGGCCGCUGGGCUUGCUCAUGUCUCAUCUCACCGUGUCCUUGGUAUCGCACUACCUCCAAGCGACGCGAAGAAACCCUUUUUCAUCAGUUCACUGGCUUUCGAGCGCGUGAUUGGAGAAGAAGCAAGAACAACAACAACAGCAGCAGCUCCACGUCUGGUGGUCGACGUGAUUCCAUCGAUUUCUUCGUCUCACUUGACACGUCGCGCGCCUUGUACUCUCGCGCACACGGCUAAUUUCGACUCGAGCCUCGACUCGAACGAAGACGGCCAGCUGCUACCUGCUGUUGUCGUCGGAUGCCGCCUCUUCACCUGUGUUGUCACCGACCCGUCCGAGAUGGCACUCGCGCAGAGCUGGUGGAGUUGCUGGUGGAGGGCGGAGCAGCGCACGGAAGGGACAUGGCCGACAACUUGAGCAUACCAUCCAAGCGCAUCACCCGUAUAGAAGUGGUAUCGUAAGAGACCUGACGCGCCGUGCUGAAGCAAGACUGAGGCGCGCGCUUUUUGUGUGGCUUUAAUAACGCUGCCUCGAAAGUCGGGUCACUGCUGACAUCUGGCGUACAGCGACUCGCGGCGGCAACCAAGACGCCCCCGAGACUGUCUGCACGGGCGAAUGGCAGUGUUUGGGUCUAUUCCUGGACAUCUGAUCCAUGCGAGGACAAUGAGAGACUGUCGUCGCGCGAGGGUGGACAGCGGCCACAGACAUGUCACGGGGAAGACAAAGAGACAUUUCCAACCGCGACGCCAUCUCCACGCUCUUUGUCUCUGCAUCCAAGACACGCAUUGAGAGAUCUCAUUUCGGUCUGGGACAAGGAGACUGGCCACAGAAUGAAUGGUAUAUCCUU